AUGUCGAGUCCGAGACGUGGAGUAGGCUUCAAGGAGCGCUCCUUCCUCGUCGGAGGGCAGGGCGAAGGACCGACUGAAAUGCGACUGCCAUAUCUUGCUCUUUCGUUACCUACCAAUAAGCUGUCGACCAAGAACCUGCCUCAGAGCAGCAGCGUUGACAUUUCGCUGCAGCCUCCCACGACCACCAUGGCUUCUACCAGCCUCGAGACACACUCGAACGGCGCGAUCAACAAUGCUGCAACCAUGACCAGCCCUGCGCCUGUCCGGUCCAAUGAUGAGCCCCAGUUCCGUCGCUUCCCACAGCUUCCACCCGAGAUCAAGAACAUGAUUCUCGAGGCGGCGGUCAACUACGACCCGGCCAUGGUCUGGGCCGAAAUCAGACUCGAGGGCCAAGGUCCUCAAGCAAGAGCCAAAAUCUCGUCGGGAAAGCAGAAGGAGAAGUCGGAGUUUCAGCAGCUCUUCAAGCUCGCCAAAGCUUUCCCGGAUUUCAAGAGGUUCAUCGAACACAAGCUCGGCCUCGGAGUCGACUUCAAGUCUAUCAGCAAGAAUCCCGGUCUCGCCGUACGUGGCGCCAAGGAUCUCCUCGUCUUCACCAUGGAGAAAUCUUCCACUGUCAUGCCUGACAACUGGCUCCAGUAUGCCAGACAGUGCAAGCGAUACCUGCGUUCGCACGGAAUUGUGGCACCCAACGUUCGGAACAUCGCCAUCCGCUUCGACCAAGAAAAGCUCCAUGGCCUGAAAUGCCGUUUGCAGUGUUGGCCGACCCUUACCGACAUGACGAGAGGCCACAUGGACAUGAAGUUCUGUCCCUUCGAGCUGGCAGCCUUUGCUAAGAACUUCUCCCACGUCGAGAACGUCUUCGUGGUAGUUCUGCUCAAGACUACACACUUCAAGACUACAAACCUCAAAAUCAAAAAAACCAAAGCUGAGGUGAAGGACUUCGUGGAGCGCAAGGAGCGUGAGGCUCGCCAUCAAGGCCUUAUGACAUUCACCGAUCAGAAGAGAACCUGGGUAGAGGUGAAGAACUCUCACAGUCUCAACAACGAGCUGAUCUCUUCCGUUACUGAUGUCUUCAACGCCCUCAAAAAGACCAGGGAGGCCUUCAUCAUGCAAGACAACAAGAUCAAAUACCCCGAGUUUCCUCGCGAGAACGUCGGUUUCCGGGUGCUGAUGGCACCCUAUAUCACAUUGACUGGCGCCAAGCAGUAG